CAUGUCAAUUGUUAAUCACCUAGCUUUCUUCUAAAACCCAUGCAUCCAUUUUGCAAAAAUGAAAAUAGUGAUGAAAAAUUAAUGAACCUCAUAUGAUACUUUAUUUGUCAAAAUAUUUAUCAUAAUAUUUUUUAUAUUUAUAUAACUUGAACUUUCCAUACUGUGAAGAAGCAAGACGUAGCAUUUCUCUUUCUAUUAGAUGCGAAAUUUCGGAAUAGCAUUAAUUCUAAUUCCAAUUGAGUAAUUUAUUGAGAUAUAAGACUAUAAAGGUAUUAUAAAAUUUUUCUUUCAUUUCUAAAGACAAUCCCUUCGAAUAUAGAAGGUUUUAGUUUCUUUUUUGGACUAUUAUAUGAAAUGAGUUAUGCUUGGGGAAACAUCAAAUUGUUUUAUUUUUUAUGUUUUGAAAAAUUUUGAGCUAUUAACAAUCAAUGCAUGUUUUUGAAAUGUUGUUUUUAUUUCCCCAAGUGGGAUGAACCCUAGUAGAACCAGUUGAACAGGCUUAAUUUAAGAACCCAUCAUGCAUAUUGGGUCUCAAAACCUCAAUCUAGCCCAUUCAUCUCCAGGCCCAGAUCUUAAGGCCAAGGCACCAUCCACCAAUCAACCAAGUUCUCUCUACCUAAGCAAAUCUAAGAGGAGAAAAAAGAGGAAGAAACCAGAGAAAAUGGGAGCUAUUGGCAACAGCUGUUUUCAUUUGGCCUUCAAAAACCCAAUUGAAAAUGGCGUGGUAUUGAUGAAGAACAAAUCUUCAUGUAAGCUCAUGGUUCCAAGCAACUCAUUCAAAGUGAAGAGGAUUUCUUGCAAACUGUCUGAAAGUGGGGUUGAAGAAAGCGCCACUAGCAAUAGGGUCUCAAACUCCAAUAACAGGAUGGAAGACUACAAUACAGUCAUGAAGGGGAUGAUGAGGAAUCCAUAUGAGUAUCACCAUGAUCUUGGCAUGAAUUACACAUUGAUCACUGAUCAUUUGAUUGUGGGCUCCCAGCCUCAGAAACCUGAAGAUGUGGAUCAUCUGAAACAAGAAGAGAAUGUGGCCUACAUCCUAAAUCUGCAGCAGGACAAGGAUGUUGAGUAUUGGGAGGUUGACUUACCAUCUAUAAUAAAAAGAUGUAAAGAACUUGAAAUCCGUCACAUGAGAAGGCCAGCAAGAGAUUUUGAUCCAGAUUCCUUGAGGAGUGGAUUACCUAAAGCAGUUUCGUCGUUGGAAUGGGCCAUCUCAGAGGGAAAAGGAAAGGUAUAUGUACAUUGUACAGCCGGAUUGGGGAGGGCACCAGCCGUUGCAAUUGCUUACAUGUUCUGGUUUUGUGGCAUGGAUCUGAAUACAGCCUAUGAUACGCUUACUUCAAAGAGACCGUGCGGACCCAGUAAACAAGCAAUACGUGGAGCUACUUACGAUCUAGCUAAAAAUGACCCAUGGAAGGAACCUUUAGAGAGUCUCCCAGAACGUGCUUUUGAAGAUGUUGCAGAUUGGGAGAGGAACUUGAUUCAAGACCGGGUCCGUUCCCUGCGUGGAACUUGAGGAUACUGUUGUCAUUUCCACACAAAUUUCCAGAGUGGUUGAAUUGGAGACUCAAAAGCAUUAUGUUAUGGCAGGAAGUGAAGCUGAAGGGGCAAUAUCAAGGGUAUACUCAAAAGCAAGAUUCAUCACAUCUAUACUCAUAAUCUAUGAUCUAUCUAUCUUUGAAUACGAAAAUAAGAAAUUUUAUUGUACAAAUACACAUAAAAUAUUGAUUAUCUGACACUCCCAAAUGCAAUAUUAGUUGUAAAAGCUUUCAUUGCUGGCA